UCAACCUCUGACGGAAACUGAUCGCAGUAAGGCGUCAGCCGAGCAACACCUUUUAAAGACGAGUCGCUUUGAAAUACGCAACCAUUCAGAUGAAAUAGUAGGAAGCAGAAACUGAGGCAGACAGGAAGUCUUUAAAAGAGACGGUGAGUUGGCCUCCUGAGCUUCUAGUGUGCUAGAAGUCAGAGGAGGGAGAUGCUGCUGAGGUGAAGGGAAAGGAUUGAGGUGUUAAAGCUUAAGUUCUUGAUGGCGUCUGCUUCUGGUAGCAGAGCGAAGGAUCAGCCUCCAAUACUGCCCGUCAAACAACACAGACGUUCCAGUGUGGAGUCAGACUCUGUUUUCAGCCCCGCUGGGUUUCAGCAUCCCAGCUUUGCAUUCAACGGCGACGUCUUCUCGGAGCCCACCGACUGUCAUGCAGCCCAGUGUCCCAUCCACCAGCGCUACGAUCCGUUCAAACACCAGACGAGAUUCUUCUCCGAUGGCACGCCACCUCCUGUUCCAAAGAAGAAGCUGACCCGAACCCUCUCUCUUCCCGGCAUUGAUCCACCUGCGCACUGUUCCCUCUCUCCACUCUCUCCUCUGCAAAGACGUCCUCAGAACUUUGACAACCCCCUCUACAUGAUGGCACCGAUACCCGACACUUUUAUGCAUGAGGAGACUCAAGACUUGGAACCAGCCAGAAGAAGCCCCUCUCCCUUGCAGCCCCUGUCCCACCUGACCUUUGACACCCCAGAUGAGCACCUAGCCUCCAUCUUUGGGAGCUUUGAGGACCAGCGUGUUGUCUCAGGGAGGAUUCAGCAUCGUCAGCUGCUCUUCCUUCGAAGCAUGUCUAAGAGCGUUGAGGAGCGCAGCAUCCUGAAGGUGAAAGAAAGGGAUUGCGACUCAUAUGAGCCUCAGGAUUUCCUGCUGUGUGAGGGCAGCAAGCCAAAGAAGAUCGGAGGCAAGACCUACUAUAGCUUCCAGAGCCCAAAGUUCCCCGGGAGGACGCUUGGUUUGAGGGCAUGCAAAGGGACGAAGAACGCACCUUCGACUCGUAACAAAGAAAACCUGCACGCGAAUGUGCAAGAUGUCAUCGCUUAUUUUCAACCGAGCAUCAACAAGGAAAGCAAAACCAGCGCGACGCAAGAUCUUUCCACCGCUGGAGAGUCAGACUGCAGGGCUCCUGAUCCGCCAGACGGAGGCAGCGACGAGAAAGCGUCUCGUCUCGGCAUGACGUCUCUCACAGUUCACUCUCUCCUUCAGAGAGGACACUGUGUGAGCGUGGAACGUGACCUGCCGCACGCCACCCUGGAGGACUUUGUUCAGGACAGCUGCUUGGUGCAGCCCAGUGACGGUCAGAAUUACAACAGACAGGUGUGUGUUCUGGUGCUGCAGGUCUUAAUGGGCUUACACCACCUGCACAGCAACAGUGCUGCUGCAGCUGAGCUCAGACCCAAAGAGAUCCUUCUGGUCUGGCCCGGCAGGGAGAGAUGUAAAGGGGGAGAUGUGCUGGAACGGGAUGGUCAAAUUGGUUGGGUGCAGGAGUUGUGGAGGAAAUAUGGCUGUCCUCGUGUGCUAGUGACGCCACAGUCUGCUGCUUCGGCCCCUCAGGCUCUGACCUCCAUUAAAUGCCAAAUGGGAGCCCUAAUUCAUUUCUGCCUGCGCCCUCAGGAAACCCACAAAGACCCUACUCUGUCUGUAUACCGAACGGGGCUCCUUCAUUUGUCCUCUCUGCUUCAGAGCGAGAACGGUCCCCAGAUGACGGACAUAAUAGCCACGCUGCAGGUGCUCCUGUGGGGGCCCCGGGUUUCCUUAUCCGGCCACGGAGGCUCCUUAUCGGUCACGGCUGUGCAGAACUGGCUGACCGUCAAGCGAGCCCUGCUGGUGAUGAAGCUGGCAGAGGUGGGACUGAACCAGGAUCAGCCUGGUGUGGACUGGGAGGACUGCAUGUGUCUGAAGUAUCUGCCAUUUACCGAUUCUGAAACGGUAAUGGGUGCAGCUAUGCAGCUUUCCAACAUCCUGAGCUGAGUUUAUACAGAUGUUUCUUUUUUUAGAAUCCGUCAGGUGCAGAGGACAAAAUACUUUCAGAGAGAUUCAUCCUUCCUUUAGUUCCUCUGUUCAUAUUGAUGUAAACUGGUCUGAUAAAAAUUUUAACUUGUUAAAAUAAAUAUUAGGGAUGAGAUCCUUAACUGAGCAAGCCCGUUAGUGAUCUCAUGCAUUUUAAUAUCCAAUUUGCAUUUAUUCUCACCAAUAAAUCAACAGAAAUGCUGCUACAAUGCAAAGCAAGAACACACUGCUUUACCUCCCUGAAUGUAGCCGCAGGACAAAGUCAGCUUUUCAGUGAAUUAAAACAGAAAUGAUGGUCAUCUAUUCAAUGCUGGCCAGACGUUUACAUACUCCUUUAUUUCAAUUAUGCAUUUGAACCUUGUAUUUUUUUUUUUAAACACACAGGGUCAAAUUGUAAUACAGAUCUAAAAAAACAAAAGUAUAUGAUGAAUACAUUUAAUGUUUCAUCUAAAUUACACAGGGUGGAACACAUGCACACCUCUCCACAAAAUAUAUAAAGAAGCACAACACACUUUUUGUAACCAUCAAACUGCUUGUAUAAUUCUGGCUGAAAAUGUUGACAUUGUGAUAAAUGGUACUUUCGCUUCAGCCUAAGAAGACGCAUGUUCAUUACUGCUCCUCGCUUUCAAAUCGAAGCACAAUGUACCUGCUGUCAAGCAUGACAUGAAAAAUACAAAGACUACCUUGAAAUUCAUCAACUCCAAACACACAUCAAACUCGGUUCUGGACAAAUUAGCCUUGGGAUUAAGCCUGUGAAUAUUUUAUGGCUCGAUAGUCGGGUCUCUACCAGGAAACCAAUCUAUUUGAAUUAACUCUACCAUUUCUGUAGUGAAGAAUUGUUAAAUAUCCAGCCAGAGGUUUGGCUUUCUCUGCAGUAUGCUUUUUUUUUUUUACAUGUCUAAAAUGUCUUACGUCUGGUUUUACAUUACAAAACAAUAGUACCCACAUGAUAAACUCGCCCAUCUGUAAAUUUGAUCCCAUGCUGUGCAUCACCUAAAAACUUUGAUUUUGUCAAAUCUUUCACCGACAUUACUCAGCCGACCACACGUUAAGGUGAGCACUUUUAUUUAGUCGUUACAACAUGCAGAUCUCUACCACGUGGAUCAAUACAAAUUAAAACCAUGCACACAUUAAAAAAAUUAUCAAGAAAAAAAAA